AUGCGCCUGGGCAUGCAUGUUCUGAGUGUCAAAUUUUUCGCGGAUCACCUCGUGCAGCCGCCGAACAAGGAAUUCUCCGACAAGAUCUUCGACCUCUCCGCUUUUGAAAAGUUCCUGCACGAGCGAAUCAAGGUCGAAGGCCGCACUGGCAACUUGGGCGAUAAUGUCACCAUCAACCAGGUCGGCGACGGCAAGAUCGAGGUCAUCACUCACAUUCCCUUCUCUGGCCGCUACUUGAAAUACCUGACCAAGAAAUUCCUCAAGAAGCAACAACUGCGCGACUGGCUGCGUGUGGUGUCCACAUCAAGGGGCGUCUACGAGCUGCGCUUCUUCAAUGUUGUCAAUGACGAGGGUGACGAGGAUGAGGACUAG